UAGUAACAUUGAAAGUACCCCUCCAGGGACGUAUGUUAAUGUACUGUACAGUGCACAAACCACUCUCCCAGUAUACGGUGUGUCGCACGAAGAUGUAGUAUAACUGUGUCCGCGGUGCCAAAAACUUCUUUAUUCGCUUUUCAAAUUCAAACAUUUUACUAGUGUGCAUUAACAUUUAUUGUGACAGUGAUAGUGUUUUUCUUAUAUAUUCAACCGAGGGAAUUGUCAACAUGGUGCCUACAGUUUCAUCCAUAGUCAAGGCUACGGGCAGAACCAUGAUCGACAACUUUGGCCAGAAGUGGUCAAAUUUCAAAGAUCUUGGAAUCGGCAAAGCUUUAGCAGCUACGGUGGCGACCCAUAUCAACUCGGUGUCCGUAGGGAUGUGCCAAGGUUAUUCUGCCAUUCUUCUUCCUCAACUACAGGAUCCAUCCAGUCCGCUACAUGUGGAUACCGAGGAGGCUUCUUGGAUAGCUAGUCUGGGAGUCAUCAGCAACCCCCUGGGAGCCAUCUUGUCUGGUCUGCUGAUGGAAUGGCUGGGUCGCAAGAGGGCUGUACAGCUAGUUUCCAUUCCUUUUCUUCUCGGAUGGCUCAUCAUUGCUUGCUGCAAUAACCUCUUCUUCCUCUGCAUUGGUCGAGCCAUAACUGGAGUGGCCAUAGGUAUGGGUGCCGCCUGCUACGUAUACGUCGCAGAGAUUAGCCUACCUGAACACCGAGGCUUCCUCUCCGCCUUCGGUCCCAUCUUCGUAUCACUGGGGGUGUUGCUCGUGUACAGCUUCGGCUACAUGUUCAGCUGGCAAGUAGCGUCUGCCGUGUGCGCCGUGUUCGCGGGCAUCAGUGCCUUUGUGAUGUCGCUCAUCCCAGAGUCACCGUCGUGGCUUUUGGCGCACAGCAAGGAGAAGAAAGCGCGCCAAGCAAUCGUGUGGUUCCGCGGUGACAACGACCAAGCGGCCCAAGAGUUGGCGGACCUUUCUGAAUCUCUGAGAGAAAAGAACGCAGAAAACGAAGGAAGAGGCAACCAGUGGGGGCAAUUCUUGUCGCCAUCAGUUUGGAAACCUUUCUUGAUCUUGAUCACCUUCUUCGCGUUUCAAGAGGGAAGCGGACUCUACAUAAUGCUUUACUACGCGGUCAACUUCUUCCAGGAGAGUGGAAGCACGAUGAAUAAAUACGUGUUGUGUAUCAUCGUAGCUUCUGUGAGGUUGGUGAUGAGCGUCGUGGGAACUGUAGCCAUCAAGAAAUUCAAUCGAAGGACAAUGGCUUGUGUUUCUGGAGCAGGGAUGGCGUUAUCAAUGGGAGUCGCUGGAAGCUACGAGUUUCUCUACGGGAGAUUCGAGGUCGCUUCUCGCCCACUACCUUGGCUUCCACAAGCUUGUAUUGUCGCCAAUGUGUGUGCCUCUAUGUUGGGAAUGCUGCAACUUCCGUGGGUCAUGAUAGGAGAGUUGUUCCCCACGGCAUUCCGAGGUAUCAUGAGUGGAGUCGUGUCUUCGCUGGCUUACUUCUUCAUCUUCGUUAUAGUCAAGGUCUACCCACAGUGUUUAAGAGUGUUGGGAGUGCACGGGAUGAUGUUCACCUUCGCCGGUAUUUCACUCUUGGCAAUCUUCUACGUCGUCCUCUUCCUACCAGAGACCCAGGGGAAGACACUGUUGGAGAUAGAAGCGAGGUUCAGAGGUGAGAAGAAGAGUCAGAAGGAAGCGGAGGCUAGCAAGUCGUGAGAUUGCAAGAGAGAGUUGAAACUCUCUAUCGCACUUCGUUCAGGAGACCGGCAAGAGAAGUGACAAUCGAAUAGUUCAGUGGAACAAACGUUUAACGAGAACUACUGCCAAACCUGGCCAGAAACUGUAUUUUCGUUUCUUUUAUUCGUUUCACUAACCUGUUCAAAUUCCUCCGGGAUUCAACCUCCCUUGCCGUACUCCUAAGCAAUAUCAGUAUUUAACUAGUAUUGAUCGAGCAACAUUAGGCUAGAGGUGUGCACAGAUACUAGGGUUGAUGGACGUUAGACGAGACUACCUUGUGAUAUUCUACCGUGCUGAAUGUUCGAGUAGGUUUAGUUGUACGAUGACCGUUGUGAUACAGUAUUUAUUGAUUACGACUCUAUAUGAGAGUUAGACUGGUUGUUAUUGAUUUAUAUUGUUUUUAAUAAACUGUGUUUAUAAAA